AGCCUACCCGAGUCGCGACUGAAUCCCGCACCAGACGACUAUGCAGCGCCAAGCUUCGCUGAUAAAGCCGAGCUGACAAUCUAUGCCGGCCGCGGCGGCAACGGCUGCGUCUCCUUCCAGCGAGAAGCCUUCCUUCCCGACGGCCCUCCCAAUGGCGGCGACGGAGGCAUAGGAGGCAAUGUCUAUAUCCAGGCCGCACACGGCGAGACUUCGUUGCAUAAACUCGCCCGAAGGCGCUUCAUCCGUGCUGGACGCGGAAGGCACGGGCAGGGCAGUGGGAAAGGCGGCAUGCGAGGCGAAGACGUCGUCAUCACCGUCCCCGUCGGCACGAUUGUGCAAGAGAUUGAGCGCCAUGACCCAGCUGCCGAGGAAGAGAUUGCUCUGAGGGCGUACCAGGCGCUGAAGAAGCAGAGGAGACGCGAGCUCUUGGCCCAGCAACAGCGCGAGCGAGAAGCCGAGCGAGAAGCAGAGCAAGACGCUGAGCUAGAAGAUGAGCUAGAGGCCGAAGAGGAUGCUUUAGACGAAAGACGUCGAAAGAAGAACAGCCCCGAGGACGACUACGAUCCAGACGCUGAUAACCCCGAGCGCGAGAAGUGGCUUCUCUACCCCGGCAUGUCCAAGAGCGAGAUGAAGUCCGCAGAGUUCCCCAAGCUGCCCAAGCGGACUCGCUUCUUCCAGCAGCCUCCCCCGCCAAUCUAUCUCGACCUCUCUAGACCGACACCGACGCCCAUUCUGCUGGCCGUAGGCGGCAUCAAUGGCCUCGGAAACCCCCACUUCACGUCGAGAAACCACCCGCGACCCGUCUUCGCCACCAAGGGCGAGGAAGCCGUCACCAUGAAAAUCUCCCUCGAACUCAAGCUCCUGGCCGACGUGGGCCUCGUGGGACUUCCCAACGCCGGCAAGAGCACUCUCUUGCGAGCUCUCACAAACAGCCGCGCGCGGGUCGGCAACUGGGCCUUUACCACGCUGCAGCCCAACAUCGGCACCGUAGUCCUAGACAAAUACUCUGGCCGCCCCAACGUCAAAGCCCGCCGCCACCGCUACCCGUCGUCCUCUCCAGAUGCCACCAGCACCGAUGAUUCUACCCUGGGCGAUCCGCGAACCCGCUUCACCGUUGCCGACAUCCCAGGUCUCAUCGAGGGAGCCCAUCUCGACCGCGGCCUCGGCAUAGCCUUCCUCCGCCACGUCGAGCGCGCCGGUGUCCUCGCCUUCGUCAUCGACCUCAGCGCCGGCAGCGCCGUCGCCGCCCUGAAGGCCCUCUGGCGCGAAGUCGGCCUCUACGCCGAGAUGCGCCAGGAGGAAGAGCGCUCGCGCGAGUUCGAGGCCCGCGUCGACUGGGACCUCGUCUCGCAGGCGUCGCGCGGGCCGAUCAAUCUCAUGGGCGCCUCGUACGGCACGCCGCUACCCAUGCAAGAGGCGCAAUCCAGGACCCCGACGCUGCACAUUGCGGGCAAGCCGUGGUACGUAGUCGCCACCAAGGCCGAUCUGCCGGAGACGAGGGAGAACUUCAAGGAGCUGGAGAGGUAUCUUGAGGAUGUUACGGAAGGGAGGGAGCAGCAUCCGAGUGGUGUCGAGGGCGCCUGGACCAAGAGCUGUGCGGCGAUUCCUGUGAGUGCGAUC